AUGGAUACUGACUCAAGCUCGUUCGCCAGUAUUCUCGCAAAUGUCGCAAAAAUGCGGCAGAAGGAGGGAGAUGAGAAUCCGGAUCAGGAUAACGCCGUUCCCUCUAUCUUGCCAAGGCCUGAAAAAUCCAAGUCGACCUUUGACAGAGUGAUAGAUGCGCCUUCUCUUCGUCCUGCCCAGUACGAGGCCUCGGUCAGAGUGCGUCCUACGAGAGCUUCAUCGCCACAGAUUAUCAUUCGUGGUUCCAAUCAGGAGGAUAAGCUCGUGGAUUCAGCCAAAUACACGACGCUUAAGAAGCAGACAUUCAGUGCCAUUCAAAUCAACCAAAAUCAGACCGGCAAUCCUCUAUUACAAUCACUGAAACAGGUUGCAUACGAGUUUAACGCUAAGGUAAAGGACGUAGACUACCUGAUUAAUUCGCAUUGUGUUGUUGUGUUUUUGUCACUACGUUAUCACAAACUUCAUCCGGAAUACAUUUACAACAAGAUAAAAAAGAUCACAUAUAAUGGGAGCAACAGAAGGCUCAACCGCAUAUUAAUGGUUCUGGUUGAUGUUGACAACUCGAACGAUAGUAUUCGUGAGUUGAAUAAACUAUGCCUAUUCAAUGAGCUCAAUCUAGUGCUUGCGUGGUCAUUUCAGCAAUGUGCCGAUUACUUGACAUUUUUGAAACAGUGCGAGUUAAAUGUGGGUAACCAGCUGAUCAAAGGAGCCGCAAAAACAGACAGUAUUGCUAGCGAUGCAGACUACUACCAACGAAUUGUGGAUAUGAUGAGUAGCAUACGAUCUAUCAACAAAACAGAUUCCGUCAAACUCAUCUCCCGCUUCAAGAAUUUCAAGAGUCUGUGCGAGGAGGCGAACGAGUACAACUUGGAAGAGAUCUCAGGUAUGGGCCACAACAAGAUUGAGCGACUACUCAAGGUCAUCAAUGAUCCGUUUAUUUAUAAAUGA